UUUUUUUUUUGAACCUGUGUUUCAUUCUUUCUUCAAUAUAUAUAUCAUGUUGCGUUUGGGUAUUACCCGUUUAUUUCAAACAAAUAUCCAAAACAAUAGUCGGUUACUAUCAUCAGGUCGAUAUGCAGCUAUUCGUACUUCAAACACCAGUUCGUUAACACAAUCCUUUCAACAAUGGACACCAUUUAGAUCCAUGUCUACCAAAAAGUCAACUGAAGAAACUCUUUCUCAACCUUCUUUUAUCAGUGGAUUCAGUACACAAGGCAAUGUAUUGGGUAAUGCUCAAACUCUUUCAGCUCCUUCAACACAAUUCAAGACCAAAAAACCUACAACACCUGGUAAACGUUGGUUGAAACGUAUUCCUCGUGAUCAUUUGUACAAAGGUAAAGCAGUACGUUCCUUGACAAUCGCCAAACGUGGAACUGGUGGUCGUAACAAUACAGGUCGUAUCACUAUUCGGCAUCGUGGUGGUGGUCACAAACGUCGUAUUCGCGUGAUUGAUUGGCAACGUAUGGAAUCUGGUGAACAACAUGUAGUGCGAUUAGAACAUGAUCCAGGACGAACUGCUUGGAUUGCUUUGUUACGACAUGCUGAAACUGGUCAAUUAUCUUAUAUCGUCGCUCCACAAGGUAUUAAGCCUGGUGAUACUGUGAUUAGUUAUAGAAGUGAAGCUAUUGAACAACAAAAACAAGAAUCUGAAGAAAGUGAACAUGGUAUCACUCGCACAGCUGCUAUCGAUAUUGGAAAUUGUAUGCCAUUGAGAAUGAUGCCUGUAGGAACUAUUAUUCACAAUAUUGGUCUGAAACGCAAUGGUCCUGCUAUUAUGGCUCGUUCUGCUGGUGCUUAUGCUCAAUUGAUUCAAACAGGUGAAACUGGUUAUGCUCAAGUCAGAUUAUCUAGUGGUGAAGUUCGUUUGGUCCCUGUAGAUGCAUGUGCUACUAUUGGUUCUGUUAGUAAUCCUGAUCAUCAACACGAAAUGUUAGGUAAGGCUGGUCGCUCAAGAUGGAUGGGUAUUCGUCCUACCGUGCGUGGUAUGGCUAUGAACGCUUGUGACCAUCCUCAUGGUGGUGGUAGAGGUAAAUCCAAGGGUAACAAGGAUCCACGUUCUCCAUGGGGUGUACUAGCAAAGGGUGGCAAGACAAGAAAGACUCCAAAUCAAUUCGUGGUGAAACCAAGACCUAGACGAUAGAUUUCCUUAAUUUCUUUUUUUUUUUCUUUUUUUAUUUAUUUUACUAUCCUUAAAACAUUCGUUUAUAUUCUUCCUCUUUUUGAUAUACAUAUAUAUAUAGAAACUACUUUUUUUUAUUAUUACCAUUCUUAUACUUUUGACUUCAUCGAAAUAAAAAAAAAAAUAUUAUUAUUUUACAAUACUGA